CACACACCGCAGAGUACUACUGUGCUGUAGGAGCAAGGCGACUGCUGUCGAUCGACCUGCAGCAGCCGAAGCAUGUUGGUGAAUUGCGCCGACAAUAUGUGCCUCAUCAGGAGGCGGAUAUAUUGAGACUAUUAGCUGCUUCCAGCUUCGUUCAACAAUACUGACUGCAACUCUUUGCGUUUGUUGACGUUUUUGAAACGAACCGUCUUCGUCUUGCCGGAACAGACCAUCCGGGCUCCAGCGUGUCUCGUGUCGUGUCCCAACACCGCGGGGUAUCACCCCUUGCGUCGCGUUCUGAGGCGGGCAGCAUAAGCGGUGUGUGGUCCUGGGGGCUCGUUUGGCCUGGAAUCGAGGCGAAACGAGCAGGUCACAUCAAUCACGAUUUGUUGCAGCUUGGAUACGUCAUCAUCAUCCUGUUGCGCAUGCAGAGGGUGCGGAGAAUCUUCUCCGUCUCUGCCGCAUUCAAGAGCUGGCAGUGAGGCCAGACUACUGCUGUUCUCCGUUGGCAAGCUGAAGUGGUGCUGGGCUGGACUUUUACUGCACGAUGUAGGUCGCUUUGGCUAUUUCCCCGACACCUCCACAGUACCCAGAUUCAACAUGGCGAUGAAGAGGACCUCAAGGGACACCCAGAAUGACGAGGACACGGGGGGCAACUGAGGGCCCAGUUCAGGCCUUGCCGUCGGUGCAGGAUCCAACCGGCCGAAUUCGCACGAAAAACCCUAAUACCAUCACGGCGAGGCAGUGGAAAUGUUUUUUGCCUGUACAAUGUUGGUGCAAGUAGAAUGUCAUGAACCAUUGCGUAACCUUUUUAGAGUUGGGUGUUUGCCGAGUCAAUAUUGGUCCCAACCGUUGACUUUCGUCGUUGCUUCUUUGCAUAAUAGCUGUGAGGAGCCUCCCUCUCCAUUUUUUUUUCAUGUCGGCCUCCUCGCGGAGCACCCUGCGUGUGUGGUUCUAAAAUAUGGGUAUAUAUAUGUGGCAUUGGUGACCGAUACCUGCAUGUCGUGAAGGCGGUGGAGGCAGUCCUGAAGAACGCCCAGGCCACCGCUCUCUAAGUCUCGCCUUCACGUUUUGUCGUGAAUAUCCUAAGUGCCGUGGUUUCGCCCGGGCGCGCCAGAGUUGUUGGGGGAGUACAGACGUAGGACGCCUCGGCUCAGUGCCUGCGUGAUUUCGGAAAUAAGUAUAUUUUGUGUGUGUGUCGUUCCGUUUAGUCUGGAUUGUAGCCGACAGGGGCAUGCUGUAAAGAAGAUCUUCGCUUGUAUUGUCACCUAUCCUUCGCCGAUGCUCGCCCUUAACUUCUGUUGCGAGAGGGAUUCAGUCGUGGCUUUGCCCCUCGUUGACCCUGGAGCUGAAAUUUAUUGCGUACGCCACAUUUGCUUUCUACGCAUUGCAUUGGGCAUGUAGCGGGAGAAACUCCCAGUUCAUGGGACUGCGCCAACUUUCGAAUCCACGCCCCAAAGGUUAGACGGUUUUUUCCAACUGAACCAGUGGGCUGCUGCUGUGCGUUGUCUUAUUUUGGUUUGUGGGCGAAAUGAUGGUUGUUUCCCGUCCAUACCGGUGGAAAAAGAAAACGGUACUGGGGUCACCUGUCUCGGGGGCUGCCGACAACCCUGAAUGGAUCUCUG